AUCACUGUUCUAACGAUUAAAUUUAUAUACAUGUUUAUAUGAGAGAUGAAAAUUUAUUUGCCUUGUUAGAUUUGAAUGAAAUAAUGUUCAAAAAUGGUUCAUUAUCACUUUUAAAGGAUUAUGGUGAAGAUAGUUCAGAUGAUGACGUACCUGGACCGCGAGUAUCUACAAAAAGAACUUUUAAAGAAGAAAAUGAAAGCACAUUUUUCAAAAAAAAAUUACCAGUUCCAGAGGUACUACUAAAAUGUGGUAAACCAGUUGAAGAUCAUGUUGACGAUCCUCUGCUACAUGGUGGUAGAUUAAGAUCGUUUGGACAUGAACGAGGUAACUGGGCAACGUUUGUAUAUAUUACACCAAAUAAAAUAGAAGGUAUAAAAGACUUAGUUGAAGAUAUUGUUAAUAUGGUUCCAAAUAUACCUUUAUAUCCAGUGGAAGAAUUCCAUAUAAGUUUGACUAAAACUGUGAUACUAAAGCAUCAUUGGAUAACUUCGUUUAUGGAAAGCAUUAAAUUGAGAACUAAUUAUUUCAAUAAGUUUAUGAUUCUUUUUAGUAUUCUGAAUAUUUAUUGCAAUGAAGAACGAACUAGGACUUUUGUUGGUUUGCAAAUCAAAUCAGGAUAUGAUUCUUUAAUCAGAUUAGUUGAUAUUUUAAAUUUAUGUUUAGAAGAGUUCAAAUUGCCACCAUUUUAUAAGGAUCCAUCUUUUCAUAUGAGUAUUGUUUGGUGUGUCGGAGAUCAUGAAGAAGAAUUGAAUAGUUUAUUAUCAAAAUUAAAUUCUAAAUUACAAGAUUUAAUGGAAGCAUAUUCUCAGGAUUGCUGGUAUAUUUAUGUGAAUACAUUGAUGUGUAAAUCAGGCAACAAACUGUUUAAAUUUGAUCUAUCAUGAUGGAAAUGUAAUUUUCUAAAGUUUUUGAUAAAAUGUUUAUAUAUUAAAGUAAAACCACUAUUGCCCGAGAGGGAGUGAAUGUUAAAUACUCUGUAAUUUGGUUCACUAAAAUAAGGUUAUCUUGACUUGUUUGGAAGGUAGCUCACUGCAUACCAUAUUCUAGUACUCUUAGGUGUUCAUAAAUAGAUCAAAGACGACAAAAUGGAGGAUUGAGUUCGUUGUUGUAUUAAGAAAUCAAAAAUAAUCUCAGUAGAGUUUAUAGCUUGUAUAUUCAGUAUCUUAAAACAUAAAUUGUGAUUAUUCAAAAAGACUUCAAAGAUUUAAAUUAAGAUGCAUCUGUAUAGGUUAGAUUGAUGUUUCAAUGUUUUGACCAGGUGUCUUCUAUUGGGUAAUCAAAUUUCCAAUACCCCCAAUCGAAAACACAUGUGUCUUUUAUCUUUUAUUGGUGUUAAUUGAAUUUCAAAGGACUAGUGAAGAUGAAUAAGUGUCUAGUCUUAUCUCUCUUGUAGUAAGUCCUACUUCAAACCCCAGCUAUUUUUAAGUAUCCCACCAGCCACUUUAAACUUCUAACUUAACUUCUUUUUUAUCAUCAUUAAAAGUAAAGUGUCAACAAUCAUAGAUCUGAACUUUUGAAUAUUUUAGUGUAACUCCAACAUUAAUCACCAGUUCUUGUUAUAUUCUCAAAUGGGAAAACGAUUCCCUAUAUUCUGCCAAAUUUUAGUAUUCUUGUAUCCAUCCGGCUGUUUGUUAUAUGAACACUCAUGAGCACCUACCAAUUCUAUGGGCCUUUCACUCAGAGAAGUUAUUUUCAGGGUGUCUGCAACUACAAAUGUGAGGUUAUGUUUUUGACGUUCAGCAAGUGAAAAGUAGAAAGCUGGUUAACUUCGAUGUCAAAAGCGCGAUCAUUGUGUGCGUUAUCACAGUUUUUUUAAUAAGUUGAACUAUCUUUGACAUUUAUGAACGUCUGGAGCGCGUUAUGCUCGCGUUCAUUCUGUGUACCAUGUAUGCUAACUUGCACCGUAAUUUCUAAUCCUUUGUUUAAAAUAACCUAACCUAACCACUGUUUAAUAUAACAACCUGUUAAAAUUCAAAGAGCAGUUUAAAUCAUAAUCGCUUGCAACGUAUUUUAUGCAGUUAAGCCCCUGAUUUUGGGGGUUUAGUUUAAUGAUAGUUCGAAGAUUUUUGAACUUGGUUUAACACAAGGUGCAAUUCAAAAAACAGAAAAAGUCAAUGUUAAAAUUUAAACCAUUGUUAACCUUAUGGUGGAAGUGGCCAUUAAACUAAUAAAUUACUAAGUGGUGUAGAUCAUUGGAUUAAAAAAAUAAAAUAUCAGAAAAA